AAUAUUAUAAAAUAUAUACUUACAAUUUUGUGAAGGAAAAAAAGCUAUUCUUUGGCGUACAAAUAAUUUUCUUAUUUACAAUGUACGAUUAUGAAUAUGGCGAUCUAUGUUUUGAUGAAGAUAAAAUGGGUAUGAAAGUAACCUCUGGAGUUGUAACAAUUAAUAAGGACACGACAACCAACCUUAUAGGAAUAACAAUAGGUGGAGGACCACCUCACUGCCCUUGUAUAUAUGUUAUACAGGUAUCUGAUAAUUCACCGGCUGCAUUAGAUGGUACAUUAGAAAGUGGUGAUGAGCUUUUAGCUAUUAAUAAUGAAUGUGUCCGUGGACAUACAAAAUUACAAGUAGCGCAAAUGAUACAAUCGAGUGUUGGUCGAGUUAUUUUGAAAUACAACAAAUUACAUGCUGAUGCUCGUCAAGGCAAAACUUUGGAUAUUGUAUUAAAAAAAGUUAAACAUAGGUUAGUUGAACGUAUGUCAGCCACCACUGCAGACUCUUUGGGUAUGUCUCGUGCAAUACUAGUCAAUGAUAGUCUUGUUAAACGGUUACAACAGUUGGAUGACAUGGAACAAUCAUAUCGUCACUUGGUUGAUCAUACAGAACGUGUACUUCGUGCAUUUUAUGCUCUGACCCAAUGUUUUAAAGAGUUUGGGGACACAUUUGCUGAAAUAGGUGCUAGAGAACCACAACCUAGAGCUAGUGAAGCUUUAGUGCGCUUUGCUGAAUAUCACAGACGAAUGGAGCGUCAAGGACUUAUGCUAAUUAAAGCUCUAAAACCGAUAUCUAGAUCAUUUGGUACAUAYCUGAAUAAAGCUAUUCCUGACACCAAGCAAACAAUACGCAAGUAUGCAGAUGUGAAAUUUGAAUAUUUAUCUUAUUGUUUAAAAGUCAAAGAGUUAGAUGACGAAGAAAUAACUUAUUGUUCAGCAGACGAACCUUUAUAUCGUAUUGAAACAGGAAAUUAUGAAUACAGGCUUGUUCUGAGAUGCCGGCAGUUAGCAAGAAAACGAUUUGCUGCACUCAGAGAAGAUGUUUUGGCCAAAAUUGAACUAUUAGAAAAUAARCAUGUGCAUGAUGUUGUAGGCCAAUUGCAUGCAAUCGCUUCACAAAUGGCUAAUUACAAUCGUGAAAUAAGUUGGAUGAUGCUUGGAGGUAACAAUGUUAGUGAACCACCACUCUUUCCUAUUGAGAUGGAUUUGACUUGUAAUGCAUUUCAAUAUAAGUCUGUUCAACCAGUUAGCGAACUUAACCAACAUGAUCUUAAUGAUGAAAGUUUACAUAAUUCAGUGGACAAUCCAAGAGUGUACAGAGAUUUKCCACCACUACAUAAAAAGAAUGAUUCUGUUUCUAAUUUAACAGAAUUAUCACAAUUAAGCUUGGAUACUGAUGAAACAGAUAAUGAAAACCAAGCUAUAACAGCAACUUCUCCAUUGCUUUUAGACUUAAAAUAAUGUUAUUUUAAUAUAUUAUUAAAUAAAUAUAAUAUUUUUAUUUAUUAUCCAUUCCUACUCGUUUGUAUGCAUAAAAUACGCGUUGUAGUUUGUUCUAGUCAUUUUUAAUGUAUACAAAAUUAAAAUUUAUCAUGCUUAUCUAAACUAAAUGACACAAUUAAAAACAUCUAGUUUUUUUUAAUUAUUAUCACUAGGUUUGGGUUAUAUCUAUAUUUAGAGUAUUAUUUUUAAUACUUUAAGUUUUACAACAAUGUAGUAGGUAAAAGUUUUUCUGUAAUAAAAAUGAAUUUUACAUGGUACAUUAUUAUUUGUUUAACUUUGUUUUCCAAAUGAAAUACUUAGGUAAUCUAGUAAAUGAGUGGUCAUAUCAGAAAAGUUAGACAGAACUAUAGAUAUGAAGCACACAUUGUAAACUUAUAACUUACUUAWGGAUAGCCAAGGUUGUGACAUUUUCAUUAGAAUCAUAAAAAUAAGAAUAAAAUUCUUAGUAAUACUUAACUAAUAAUGAAUCUCUGUUAUUAUUUAAAAAAAGAAUAAGGACAAGAAAUAAAUGUGUUGUCAGAU